AUGCUAGUCGGUGAAGUUCAUCCCAAUUCUGCUCUUAGUUCUUCGUGGAUCCCAGACGCACAGAUAUCAGCGUCGUUUGUGUACGGUGCUGGUGGAUUCCAUACCACAGCGCCAUCGCCCAAUAUAUUCGCCGAAGCUUACCCGAACCAUCCUCCACCACUCACUUACUCAGCAUCGUGUUUCUUGUGUGGACUGAUGCACCACAGCACAACGACAAGAGACCACAACAGCAUUGAUCAAACGCUAUCCCUGUCAAUUUACCCACCACUGUCACACCAACACCAACAUCAACAACAGAAGCAGCAAAAGCAGAAGCAGAAGCAGCAGCAGCAGCAGCAGCAGACAGAACCAAAACUAGAGCUAGAACCAGAACCAGCGCUAGGGCUAGAGCUAGAGCUGACAAUGUUUUCUCCUUUGGUAGAGUCAAUUGAUCAUUCAGAGUCGCUUUCACGGCCGCUUGUCAAUCGGUUGGAUUCAAUUACAUUGUACGCCAGUUCAAGACCAACAAGAUACAUGGCGGUGCUUUGUGGCCUCCAGAACUGGAUCCGAGAAUGGAAGGACUGGGUCUGUCAAAAAGGUGCCCGUGCGACACCAUCCCAUUUGCCUUUCUGCCUGUCCGGUACGAAUCGUAGCAUGAUAUCUCUUUCCCUUCAAUGGCGUCGACUACGAACCAAUCUAUCCAGACGACGGUCUCAGACGAGCUGGACAAGCCAACAGUCCGCACGAUCCACAAAAUCAGUACGCUUCUACGCGAUCGACACAGUAUUUUAUACCCACAGCUCGGCUGAAUAUGAUCGUAAAUCUCCAACAGAAGAGGGACCAGAUCUGUUGGCUGUGGUUGGUUUGGAGCAGGACUCUCUACCACUGGAUCUCACAUCAGCUGAAGAUGAACAGACAACCAUGAACACCUAUAAAAACCGUCGACAACUCAAGGCAGUUCUGGAGAAUCGACCAUUACGCUCAAGGAUAGUCUUUAUGCCAUAA